AUGACGUCGCAUGUGUCGAGGUUGGACAGACAGGUUAUUCUCCUGGAGACCGGGUCGACGCAGGUGGUGAGGAACAUGGCCGCGGACCAGCUGGGCGAUCUGGCUAAACAACACCCCGAGGACACACUAUCACUGCUGUCGCGCGUGUACCCGUUUCUGCUUACGAAAAGAUGGGAGACACGGAUUACUGCAGCUCGCGCGGUGGGCGGAAUCGUCAGCCACUCAUAUGCCUGGGACCCUAAUGGCGACGACGACAGUGGCAGUGACGUUUCACCGGCCGCUGCGCCUGCUGGUAGCGCGUCCGAUUUCGCUACGCAAGUCAAGCAAGAGGAGCUUGCGGCCGACGUGGCAUCGGUUACAGGCGUAGGCGAGAACGCCAAGGUGAAGCUCGAGCAAGAGAUGCGUCUCAAGCUCGAACAGCUCGACGAGAGCGACGAGUGGAAGUCGCUACAGGACGACUCCAACCUGUACUCGCUGUCGCAAUGGAAGCUCAACGAGGUGCUCAAAUCUGGGAAGGUUCUUCUGGCGUCAAGCGUGAACGAUUAUCCUGCAGAAGAACAGCCACAAGCCAAGAAAGUUGCUAAAGCAGAGGUGAAACCCGAGUCUCUCGAAAGGCCGACGGCUCUCGAAUCCAAGAAAAGUGCUAGAAUGCUUGCCAUGGCCAAACGGAAGCGCAAGAUCCAGGCCAAAACCACUACGAAGAAGCCUGUUGACCUAUCUCAGAGCUCUAUCUCCCGAAACCUAAUGGCCCAGGAGGAGUCCAGCCAGAGCCCUACGCCGUCCCCGACCAUGCUUAAUAAUCCCAAAUUGGAAAUAACCGAGCAAGCGGACUCAAAAAAAAUUAUGGUCGAAUCGGUAAUGACUCCCCUGUUAGAGAAGCACGAGAGAAUUGCCGGCCUGGUUUGGCAAUUCCAGGGUGUCUAUGAACUUCUGCUGGAGAACCUCACUCACGAGGCUUGGGAAGUCAGACACGGAGCUGCCUUGGGUCUGCGAGAAAUCAUAAAAAAGCAUGCUAAGAGCGUUGCGAGGAUACGCGGUAAAAGCAAAGAGGAAAAUGAUCACCGGAACCGCAAGGCUCUAGAAGAUUUAGCAACUAGGCUAUUGACAAUCUUUGCGCUAGAUAGGUUUGGAGAUUUCGUGUACGAUACCGUUGUUGCUCCUGUUCGAGAAUCUGCUGCUCAAACGCUAGCUGCGCUAUUACUGCAUUUGGAUGAAGAAUUGAGCGUGAAAAUAUUUGGCGCUUUGGAACAACUUGUUCUGCAAGACCCAAAGUAUAUUGGGCUACCGAACAAGAUCUGGGAGGCUACACACGGUGGUCUGCUUGGCAUCCGUUAUUUUGUCAGUAUAAAGACAGAUUUUUUGUUCGAGAACAAUUUGCUUGAUAACGUUGUCAAUAUAGUCCUGUAUGGUCUCAACGAACAUGACGAUGAUGUUCAAAGUGUAGCUGCUGCAAUUCUGAUACCAAUCACUUCACAGUUUGUUCAAUUGGAGCCAUCAAUGCUUGAUCUUGUAUUGAGUACCAUUUGGAACUCGCUUACCCAUUUGGAGGACGAUUUAUCGUCUAGUGUGGGCUCUGUUAUGGACCUCUUAGCAAAGUUAUGUGAGCAUCAACAGGUUCUAGAAGUCCUAAAAAGUAAGGCCGUAUCCCACCCCAUCGAAUGGUCAUUCAAGAGUCUCGUUCCCAAACUGUACCCAUUUCUUCGUCACUCUAUUACAAAUGUCAGAAAAGCAGUUUUAAAUUUACUUCAAGCAUUUUUGUCUAUCAAAGACGACUUCAUCAAGCAUUGGAUAAAUGGGAAAGUGUUCAGGCUUAUUUACCAAAACAUUCUUCUGGAACAGAAUCCAGAGGUUUUAAAAAUGUCUUAUGACGUUUAUAUCUCCAUGCUCUUGGAAUACAGAGCCAAAAAUCCUGACAAGAAUGUGGACCAUUUGUUUGGUAAGCACUUGGCUCCAAUUUUACAUCUUUUGAUUACGCCAAUAGGUGAACAUGGGAAAAAUUACAAUAUGGAGCUUCAGUAUAUUUUAAAACCAUCACAGCAUUAUCAACUCCACUUGGAAAGAAAAAGGAAUACAUCAGUAGCUGCAAAAUCGGAUAUACCUCCUCCAGCAAACAGUGAGCGCGUGAACAUCGAUGCUCCGAUGAUUGCAGGUGAUGUCACUUUACUCGGAACGGAAGUUAUAUUCAACACAAGGGUGAUGGGUGCAAAAGCUCUGGGAUUGACACUUGCCAUGUUCCAGGAAGCAACUUUGAAAUCAUUCUUUUCAAAUGUCUUGGUUGAUUGCCUGAAAUUACCCUACGCUACACCUAGGAUGCUUGUCGCUAUUAUUGUCUCUGAGUUUUGCAAAAACGUCCUUCAGCCUUUUCCUCCUACAGAACAACAAAGUAUACCGUCGUUUGUCUCGGAAACUUUCCAGCCUAUAUUUGUUAGUCAUUUAAAUGACCCAUCGAACUUUCCAACUUUCAGGGAGUUAGUACCUAGCCUGAAAGCAUUGAGAACGCAAUGCCAGAGUCUACUAUCGACAUUCGUUGAUGUUGGGAUGCUACCACCUCAGAGACUACCUCAGCUGGCAAUCAUUGUUAAAGGGGAAUCUGAAGCGGGUUCAGAAGCUUUUGGUAUAGACACCGCAGAAAGAGUUCACGGUGAGUAUUCAGAUAAGUUAUUCAAACAUUUGAGCAACUCUUACAAGAUUUUGGCUAAGAAACCUUUAGAAGAUGCAAAACAUCGAGUUUUACAAGCUAUUGAAAUCGCGAAAGAGGCCAAGAGAUCGCGCACAUGUAAUGUGCUUUCCAAUUAUGCUUCGGCCGCUUUGCUGUUUGAUGGUCUGCCUGCGAAGCUGAAUCCUUUUAUUCGCGCUUUAAUGGAUAGUAUCAAGGAGGAAAAAUAUGAAAUUUUGCAGCAAAGAUCAGGCGAUGCGGUGAUUAAUUUGGUUGUCGAUCUGGUGAAGAGCAAUAAGGGAAAUGUUGCCAAUAAGAUUGUGAAAAAUUUAUGCGGCUUUUUGUGUGUUGAUACAUCAGAGGUGCCGGAAUAUGCACCAAACAUUCAGUAUAAAGAUGAAAUACUGACGCUAAUAAGAGAAGCGAGUAGUUUAGCCUUGCAAGACGAUGUUCGGGCUAAGAAGUUGGCCGAAGAAGCGCAUAUGAAACGGAAUGGAUCAAUGUAUACAUUAAGCCAGCUACUGGUACAACUUGGAGGGGAUGUUUUGACUAAAGUCCCACAGAUGAAACAGACGAUUUUAGAUCCUUUACAAAAAGGACUAGAGGAUUUUGAUGGCGCUGAAUUAAGCGCAAAAUUGGGCCAAGAAAUUGUCGAUGCAAUGGGGAUUCUAAGGACUCUUUUUGUUUACAUGCAUCCGGAUAUUCAACAACAAGAGGUAUUAACUCGCUUGCCUCUUUUGCUCAAAUAUCUGAGGUCAAAGUACGCCAUUUUCAGAUAUUCAGCGGCAAGGGCACUUGCUGAUUUGGCUAAUGUUCUUCCGGUGACAGUUAUUUCCUUUUUAAUCAAGGAAGGUCUGCCGCUGAUGAAUAACCCGGCUUCUGUAACCGAUCGGCAGGGUCUUAUCGAAUUGGUAUAUCAUUUGUCGCUUAAUAUGGGCAGUGAUAUUCUACCUUAUGUUGUAUUCUUAAUUGUUCCAUUACUGGGUCGCAUGAGUGACUCCAAUACAGACGUUAGAACUUUAGCAACUACGACAUUUGCAUCAAUUAUAAAACUGGUUCCAUUGGAAGCUGGUAUACCCGAUCCAGAAGGUCUACCAACUGAGUUGAUGGAAGGAAGAGAAAAAGAGCGUGAUAUCCUACAGCAAAUGAUGGAUCCCUCAAAAGCCAAACCUUUUAACUUACCUGUGGCCAUCAAGGCGACUUUAAGAAAGUAUCAGCAGGAUGGUGUCAAUUGGUUGGCAUUCUUGAACAAAUAUCACCUACACGGUAUAUUGUGUGAUGAUAUGGGACUCGGUAAGACAUUGCAAACUAUCUGUAUCAUCGCUAGUGAUCAAUAUUUGAGAAAACAAGAAUAUGAAUCAACACAGUCCAUUGAAGCUAGGCCAUUGCCUACGCUGAUAGUGUGUCCGCCUUCGUUAACCGGACAUUGGGAGCAGGAAUUCGAACAGUAUGCUCCUUUCCUAAAAAUAUUGGUGUACGCUGGAGGUCCAUCGACGAGACAUCCAUUACGAGACAAGCUUGGUGACGUUGAUAUCGUUGUUACUUCUUAUGACGUUGCCAGGAAUGACAUAGAUGUGAUCAUGAAAUAUGACUACAAUUACUGUGUUUUGGAUGAAGGUCAUAUAAUAAAAAACGCGCAGUCCAAGCUUGCAAAGGCAGUCAAAUUGAUCAGGGCUAAUCAUCGUCUCAUUUUAACGGGUACACCAAUUCAAAACAAUGUUGUAGAAUUAUGGUCACUAUUCGAUUACUUAAUGCCCGGCUUCUUGGGCACAGAAAAAAUGUUUCAUGAACGUUUUGCGAAACCUAUUGCUGCUUCUAGAAAUAGUAAAACGUCUUCCAAAGAGCAAGAAGCCGGUGCCUUAGCUUUAGACGCAUUGCACAAACAAGUUCUGCCAUUCAUGCUGAGAAGAUUGAAAGAAGAUGUCUUAUCCGAUCUCCCUCCAAAGAUUAUACAGGAUUACUACUGUGAGUUAAGUGAUUUACAAAAGCAGCUUUAUCAAGAUUUUGCCAAGAAGCAGAAAAAUACUGUCGAAAAGGACAUCGAAAACACAUCAGAUGUUGAAAAUAAGCAACAUAUUUUCCAAGCGCUGCAGUAUAUGAGGAAGCUCUGCAACCAUCCUUCCUUAGUGCUAUCGAAGGGUCAUCCACAAUGGGCUCAGGUUCAAGAGUACCUGAAGGAAACCGGAGUUAGCUUGCAUGACAUAGUUCAUGCUCCAAAACUGGGUGCUUUAAAGAACCUGCUUUUGGAAUGUGGCAUUGGAACUCAGGACAUUGAUAAAAGAUCCAAAAAUUAUCCUCCCCCAACAGAAAAUGUUAUAAGUCAGCAUCGUGCCUUAAUCUUCUGUCAAUUGAAAGACAUGCUGGAUAUGGUUGAAAACGACCUUUUUAAGAAGUGUAUGCCUUCGGUAACCUAUAUGCGACUUGAUGGUAGCGUGGAAUCUCGCGAUAGACAAGCUGUUGUGCGUAAAUUUAAUGAAGAUCCAUCUAUCGACUGUCUGCUACUAACUACAAAGGUAGGAGGUUUAGGUUUGAAUCUUACUGGUGCGGAUACUGUUAUUUUUGUUGAGCAUGAUUGGAAUCCGAUGAAUGAUCUUCAAGCAAUGGAUCGUGCGCAUAGACUUGGCCAAAAGAAGGUGGUAAAUGUGUAUAGAAUUAUCACUAAGGGCACUUUGGAAGAGAAGAUUAUGGGUCUACAGAAAUUCAAAAUGAACAUCGCUUCUACUGUUGUGAAUCAGCAAAACGCAGGUCUGGCGUCCAUGGAUACACAUCAGUUGUUAGAUUUAUUCGAUACAGAUAAUGUUCCGUCACAAGAAAUUGAAGAGAGAUCUGUCCAGAACGGAAAGCUAAAUGACCUGGUCAAUGAAACGGGUUUAAGCGGCAAAGCGAAAGAAGCUGUUGGCGAACUUAAAGAGUUAUGGGAUUCGACUCAAUACGAGGAGGAGUACAAUUUGGAUAACUUCAUCAAGACUUUACACUAG